UAACUCUUUCUCACAUCUCAUGCCACAACAUCCACCUUCCACUUCAACCUCAACUUCACCCAUCUUCUGUCUCUCCUCCAAUGGCCUCUCAUCAACGCUCUCCUGCAAUAAAGGGCGCGAAGGUUUUGAUGGUAGGGGCGGGGGGAAUAGGGUGCGAGCUUCUCAAGACUCUAGCCCUUUCUGGGUUUGAAGAUAUUCAUAUUAUUGACAUGGACACUAUAGAAGUGAGUAACCUUAAUAGACAGUUUUUAUUUCGGCAAUCGCAUGUUGGGCAAUCCAAGGCCAAGGUUGCUCGGGAUGCAGUCUUAAGAUUUAGGCCUCAUAUAAGCAUUACGUCAUAUCAUGCAAAUGUCAAGGACCCUGACUUCAAUGUGGACUUCUUUAAGCAAUUUAAUGUUGUUCUCAAUGGUCUUGACAAUUUAGACGCGAGGCGACAUGUGAACCGCCUUUGCUUGGCAUCUGAUGUACCUUUGGUUGAAAGUGGAACAACUGGGUUCCUUGGACAGGUUACUGUACAUGUGAAGGGUAAAACAGAGUGCUAUGAGUGCCAGCCAAAACCCACUCCAAAGACAUAUCCCGUCUGUACUAUUACUAGUACCCCAUCCAAGUUUGUACAUUGCAUCGUAUGGGCAAAAGACCUACUUUUUGCGAAGUUAUUUGGAGACAAGAAUCAGGAAAAUGACCUAAAUGUGCGUUCUAGUGAUGCUGCCAGCUCAUCACAGCAAGCAGAGGAUGUUUUUGAACGUCAAAAUGAUGAAGGCAUUGAUGAAUAUGCAAAGCGAAUAUAUGAUCAUGUGUUUGGUUAUAACAUUGGAGUUGCUUUAUCUAAUGAAGAGACUUGGAAAAACCGUAAUAGACCAAAGCCCUUAUAUAGCAGAGAUGUCUUUCCUGAGGAACCAAGUCAACAGAAUGGAAAUAUGGAUAAAAAUUGUGCAACUGAUGAUCCAUUAUCAGUGUCUGCCAUGGCAUCUCUGGGUCUGAAGAAUCCACAGGAUAUAUGGAGCCUCCUAGAAAAUUCAAGAAUCUUUCUUGAGGCUCUCAAACUAUUUUUUGGGAAGAGAGAGAAGGAGAUCGGAAACCUGAGUUUCGAUAAAGAUGAUCAGUUGGCUGUAGAAUUUGUUACUGCUGCAGCGAAUAUCCGUGCUGCUUCUUUUGGGAUUCCUCUGCAUAGCCUUUUUGAAGCAAAAGGUAUCGCUGGGAACAUUGUGCACGCUGUUGCAACAACAAAUGCUGUUAUUGCUGGCUUGAUUGUGAUUGAGGCAAUUAAGGUGCUGCAAAGGGAUGCAAACAACUACAGGAUGACAUAUUGUCUUGAGCAUCCAUCGAGAAAGAUGCUUCUUAUGCCAGUGGAACCAUUUGAACCUAACAAAUCCUGCUAUGUUUGUUCUGAGACACCUUUAUUGCUCGAAGUUAAUACUCACCGCUCAAAGUUACGGGACUUCGUUGAAAAGAUUGUUAAGGCCAAGCUUGGCAUGAAUUGUCCAUUGAUUAUGCAUGGACCAGCUCUUCUUUAUGAAGUUGGUGAUGAUCUUGAUAAAGAUAUGGCAGUCAAUUAUGCUGCAAACCUUGAGAAGGUGCUAUCUGAGCUUCCUUCUCCAGUUACUGGUGGGACUAUGCUCACAGUUGAAGACCUUCAACAGGAGUUCACAUGCAAUAUUAAUAUUAAGCAUAGAGAGGAAUUUGAUGAGGAGAAGGAGCCUGAUGGCAUGCUACUUUCUGGAUGGACACAAGCUCCUAGAGUAGAAAAGGAUGACAAUAAGACUGUGGGCAAUGGUGGGAGCAGUACAUCAAAUGCAUCGUCUGCAAUGCCAGUGGAGGCUGAAGAGGAUGAUGACAUAGAGUUCGUUCCCACUGGGAAGAAAAGAAAAGUGGGUGAGAUUUCCAAGGCCACCAAUCCAAAUAUUUCUGAUGUUGCUGAUGAUGAUGUUCUUGUCAUGCUUGAUGGUGAGAAUUUGGACAUCAACAAGAAGAAAAAGUUGCAAUAGAUCUUUGUUGGAGUUGGUUGUGGAGGGCUUCUCACACUCUAAUUUUGUACCAUUAGGAGAAAAUGGUGAUUCUUUUCUGCUCAUAACUCUGGAAUUGUCAUUUUUAGGCGCCAAACUUUAGUCUUUUGCUUAAGUUAGAUACAAGUAAUUGUUUUUUGCCACUUAUUGUUCCAAAGUGUAGCAACAAUGUGUAUUCUUCCUAACCUAAUUUAAUAGGGUCAGUGUGACUAGAAUUUGAAUGUUAUAAUGUGUUGGAAACACUUGUAAGCUGAUUGGAAAUCAGUGAAUGAACUAAUGGUGUUAGAUUUGUGCAAGCUA